AUGGCGGUCCUCUUGUACAAUGAUCGACGGCCUAUGGCACUAACCAGCGAUCCAGAAAUUCAGCCAUGUGCCCAUUUUACGCCCUAUUCUGCCUGGAUCAAUGGCGAUGCCAAUAUCAAGCAUCUUGUCAAAUUUGGGUCACCUGCUUGGAUGCACCUACAUGGAGCUUCAAAAUAUGCUAGCAAGCCAACCAGCAAGAUCGACCCAAAGGCUAAAAAGGUACAUGUUGUCGGAUAUCAAGGCUCCCAUAUCUAUGUUAUUUGGGACCCCGAAAUCAAUCAACUCCGUGACACCAGUAAUAUCUUGAUCAAGGAAGAAUUCAGCCCUCCACAGAACAAGCUGUACAAAGCCACCAAAGCUGCCAAAACUAUUAAAGCUACCAAAGCUGCAGAACCAAAAACCAAUGGAAAACCUUCCUAUACAGGAUAUAUCAGACAUUACCUCCAGAGAAGAGCUAUACCGACCUGCCAAAGGAUUUGCUAUCCUAAAAUCUACUAA